ACUGGAAGCCUCAAUUCUGCAAAAAUGAAAACCAUCCUGGCCUGUCUUCUUGUUCUUGCUGUUAGCAUGCCAGUGUCCAAUGCUUCUUGCUUCUUACAGCCAAUGAAGCCAGGGACAUCUGAUGGUGAGAUUUUAGGCUGCCUUGACUCAAAAGGAAAGCUGCAUCAAUUUGGAUCCAGAUGGAGGACGGAUGACUGCCUUGAUUGCUCCUGUUCCAGGGAUGGAAUCGGUUGCUGCACAGGCUAUGCAACACCAGUUGGCUAUGAUAAAGAGAAGUGUGUCAAAAUUUUCAGCAAAGCAGCCUGCACUUAUAAAGUAGUGGAGAAAAAUGAUCACUCAAAAGAGUGCCCAGUCCAUCAGUGGGUGGGCUAACAUAGAAGGCCUGUGGAUUUGGGGGAUAUUUCCCUUUUUUUGUUGUUUGUUUUUGUUUUAAGGGUUCACAAACUCAAACCCACUGAAAAACAGAGCUAUUGAGUAAAGUCUGCUCAUAAAAUCUAAC